UUGCAUCUGCGUCUGCAGUGAAGACAGUAUUUACCUGGUGAAUGGAGUGCUGGGAACAGUAGAGAAUCCAGCAAUGGCUACCGACAAGCCAAACCGGGUCGGGUUGGUUAUAUCCACCACACCCUUGAUUCGGGUUUUCCUCUCCGCUGCGUCAAAAGACUCGAGUCUUUCCGAUGAACUUCAACAAGCAUCCUCCGACCUGCUCCUCCAAUCGGAGGUGCCAUACGCCCCACUUCGUGCUGUGUGGAUGGCCUCUGAUCCAUCCACCAGACCCGACUUGACCCGACUCUUUUCGGGCACCCGUUUCAUCUUCUCCAGCCCUAAGCCCAGGGAGAAGAGUGAAGAAUUGAAAGCGAGACUGAGAAAGCUGGAAGAUUUAGCGGAGCGGAAAGCGUAUCAAGAACUCGUGAAGGAUAUUGCACCGCCUAAGGAUGUUCCGGAACCAUUUUCUUCUUACAAGGAUCAAUUAGGGUUUGGUGUACAUGUUGUGGUUACCAUGUUUACUGGCUAUCUUCUUGGAUAUGCUGCAUUUAGAGCCUUGUUUAAUCACAGUCCUGCCAUGAAUGCUGCUGGAGGAAUUCUGGGGUUGGUUGGUGCCAUGUUUGUUGAAACUUUCCUUUUCAUUAUUAGAAGUUCAAAUGCAGAAACCAACAGAACAAAAAAAUUCAGUCAAAAAUCAAGAUCGUCCUUUUCAACACCCAGUUCUACUAAGAAAAAUCAGUAGGAGUAUCAGGUUGGUUAUUUUACAGUUCUAAGAAAUAUCAUUGUUCUGAGAUCAUAAUUUAGAAGUGUGAUAAUUCAUGGCAAGCCCUUUUGUCUUCUAUGCAAAAUCGUGAGUAUUGUUGCCUCUGAAGAUCUUAAGUACAAACACUUGUAAAAAGUAGCCAAAUAGUAUGAGAACUAUGUUAGAUAUUGUAUUCUUUCCUCGUCUACUUUUAUUGGAUUUUUGUAUAUCUCAUAACAAAUAUUGUUAUGUAUUAUUAUUUACCUUUUUUAUUGUGGGAACCCUUACUUUCUGAAA